GGAAUGAGGAGCGGUCGCAUAUAAAGAGCAUCUCUGGAGUGUGUGUGUCAGUCUGUUCCUCAACCCGUCUGGAGCUCAUCUACAGGUGAUCAUCAUGAGUUGUCCAUCCUCUGGUCAGCCGGGUCUGUGCCCUCAGCAGAACACUGGCAGCAUGUGGCCCACACAGCCCUGCCAACCCUGCUGGUCCUGCCCACCCAACCAGCCCAACUGGCCAGUAACCCAGCCCAGCGCAUCACUGCCCACAACCUGGCCAGUGAAUCAGCCCACAAACUGGCCAGUUCAACCCACUCAACCAGCUUGGCCAAACCCUCCAAUACAACCCAGCCAACCAGUUCAACCCAGCCCACCAAUGCAACCAGUUCAACCAGUUCAACCCAGCCCACCAAUGCAACCAGUUCAACCAGUUCAACCCAGCCCACCAAUGCAGCCAACCUCACCGGUGCCACCAGUUCAACCCGGUUUACCAGUCCAACCAGUGCCAGCAGUCCAGCCGAACCCGCCUGUUCAACCAUCCUGGCCUCCAGUUCCCUCCCCUACAGGGUACCUGCCCUCUCCUGUGCCCCCAACCUGGCACGGCAACCCUGGGCAACCCGGAUGGCCUGGACAGGGGCCCACAGGAGGAGCCCUACAGCCCUGGCCCCCCGCUCCAGUGACCGCUCCAGUGACGGUUCCUUCAACAUUGAAUCCGCGCGGCAUCUAUGAUAAGCUAAUGCUAACAUCAGAGGGCAGGGUUAAGGCAGAUGCUAAGAUGUUCACCAUCAACUUCCUGCGCGGGAACGACAUCGCUCUGCACAUCAACCCGCGCUUCAGCGAAUCAGGAAAGCCGGUUCUGGUGCGGAACCAUAAGGUGGGCGAGCACUGGGGCGCAGAGGAGCGCGCGCUGAUCAACCCAUUCCCAUUCAUGCCCGGACACCACUUUGAGAUGAAGAUUCUCUGCUGCUCCUCUGAGUUUAAGGUCUUCAUCAACAACACUCCGGCGUUCAGUUUUCAGCACCGCAUCCGAGAGGUCAACCAGAUCGACCGCAUCAACAUCCUGCAUGACGUCACACUCACCUCCGUCACCGUGGAUACGCUGCCCUGACCACACACACACACACACACACACACACACACACACUCAACAUGUAUAAUGGUGCACUUAUGAGCACUAGUGCAUGGAGAUGGUUUUAUUAUUAUUAACAUAAUUAAUAAACACUCAAUCAAAUGUAUUUAUCAUCCACAUGAGCUGAAGGGAGAGUUGACUCCGACAUGACCAGCUCUCUCAUGUGGUGUUGCUCUCUUCAGUUGAACACCAGAGAGGAUCCUCUGAACAAUACUCCUAUAUAAACACUGUCGGUCAGUCGGUCGGUGCGUGCAUCACUCAGCAUUCUUCACAAUCUCUCCUUCUGUGUUCUGAGGAUGAGUAAAUGAGGACAGAGUGUACAUCUGUGUGUGAACUGACCCUUUAAAGCAUUACUAAUCAGUCUUUACUGUCAGAAUGGUCAUGUCUCCCUAUAGAAACACACACAGGGUUAUCUAAUGAACAUUAAUAGAGCAGCUCUGAGGAGCUACAGCAUCAACAGCAGCCAUCAUCCACACACAGGUGUCAAACUCAGCUCCAUCCCUAAUCUAACACAGCUGAUCAACUAAUCAAGGGGUCCAAGAACAGCGUCUACUAGUCUUAAACACCCUGAUUAGUGGAUCAGCCCUGUUAGAUUAGGGUUGGAGCAAAACAGGAGCUGAGUUUGACACCUGUGAUCUAGAGCAGGGGUGUCCAAACUCGGUCCUGGAUGGCUGGGGUCCUGGAAGCUUUAGCUCCAACUUGCCUCAACACAGCUGCAAGGAUGUUUCUAGAAAGCCCAGUAAGAGCUAGAUUAGCUAGCCCAGGUGUGUCUGAUUGGGGUAGGAACUAACGUUUGCAGGACACCGGCCCUCCAGAACCCAGUUUGGACACCCCCGCUCUAAAGCAGUCCUUCAUUCAGCAACACUCAUAGAAAAGAGCUCACUGAUCCACUUUUAUCUCCAUUAGUUUGGUGUUUUUGAACUCUUUUAAUGCACAAAGCUAAUAUCUGAAGUGUGUUUCUGUUGAACUACAGUCUUUGAUUUGUGUGUGUCCGCAUCUGUUCAGUGUGUGUUAAUGUUAACAGAACACAUCCACACACAGAGAGCAUCACCACGCUGACCCUGAGCACAGAAUCAGUCAUAUCUCUAUUAUUAUGAAGGUGAGGUGUUGACAUGACUCAAAGCUGGAUUAAUAAGCCGUCAGCUGAUGUAUACUCUAUAAACAUUACGAUAUUCAGCAGAGAGACGACUGCUGGGGGAUCUGCAGUCUGAGGACUAAUAUAGAGAGAGAUCCCCUGUGAAUAGUGUUAGUAACACACACGCACUCACACACACACACACACACACACUCACACGUGCUGGGUUUAGAUGUAAACUCCUCUAAAUGGCGUCUGAGAUGUUCUUCUGAAGUGAGCAGCUCUAUCCGGCUCGUGUGUGGAGGUUUAGUAAUGUCAUGUUAUGUAUUGAAGAAGCUGUUAAAGUGAAAUAACUCACAGAAAGAGGCUGGAAAACCUGAACACUUCAGACCUGAACUCCUCGUGUGUUUACAGCAGGACAUGUACUGAAUACCAUCAGGAACGCUCUACUGAACAAUCUACUGCUGUAUUGUGUAUAUGAUAGACUGCUCACAGUGCGGUGUGUGUGAGGAGCCUGGAUCAGGGCUGCAGGUCUGGAGUAUCUCUGCUGUGUGUGUGUGUGUGUGUGUGUGUGUGUGUGUGUGUGUUCAAUAUCAGGUGAUGUUGGUCUGUUUACUCUGAUGUUAAGUGUUUUACUGGACUAUCUGAAGUAUACAGCGUCUCAGAAAAGUGUUAAAGUUUCACCUGCUCAGACUGUGUGUGUGUGUGUGUGUGUGUGUGUUACUGAACCAUCAAUUAAACACUAACUAACUAACUAACUAACUAACUAACGAGUGUGUGAAGCCUGUUGAACGCUGAUCAGAGGAGUGUGGAACAGAUGAACACUGAGCAAUAAUAAAAUUAAUUAAACACAA